AUGCACUCCCCGCAGCUCACCAAGAAGCUGUGGACGGACCGCCUCUUCACAGACAUGGAGGUGGUCUGCGGGGAGAGGCGGUUCGCCGCGCACAGGGCGGUGCUGGCUGCCGCGUCCCCGGUGUUCGCCGCGAUGCUGUCGUCGGGCAUGCACGAGUCCCAGGUGUGCGAGAUCUCGAUCGGGGACGCGGACGAGCGCGCGGUGCAAGAUGCGCUGGAGAGUACAUGUACACGGGGGUCGUCGGAGAGAAUGUCGGCUACGGGAUGGUCGUGCUCGGCCACAAGUACGACAUCGCGGGCCUCGUGGAGUUCGCGGCGCCGGUGGCCCUCGCCAACCUCACGCCCGAGAACGUGGUGUCGGAGGUGA